UUUUAUUUUGUCGCCCUUGCCCAUGUGUUGGUGUUGUUUCCGGUUUUUCCCCAGGGCGAGCAGGUCCACGUGUGUUGAGCUGUGGUCGUGUAAAGGUGUACAAAAUGACGCAGUCCGGCAGUGUGGUGAAGCCGAAGACGAAGCGCUCCAAGCGUUUCCUGCAGAACAGAGAACCCAAAGCGACGGAGAACUGCAAGAACACCAUGAUCAUGAAGGGAGGGAACACGAGCCAGAGCGUCACCCAGGCCCUCAAAGACAUCUACGCGUUAAAGAAACCCAACGCCGUUCUGUAUAAGAAGAAGAACAUCAUGAGGCCGUUUGAAGACUCCACGUCACUGGAAUUCUUCUCCAAGAAGUCCGACUGCUCGCUGUUCCUCUUCGGCUCUCACAACAAGAAACGGCCCAAUAACCUGAUAUUCGGUCGAUUGUUUGAUUUCCACGUGUUGGACAUGUUCGAGCUCGGCAUUGAGAAGUUCACAUCGCUCAAAGAGGUCAAGAACAGUAAGUGUGCAGAGGGGACGAAACCCAUGUUGGUGUUUGCAGGUGAACUGUUUGAGACGGAUAAAGAGUACAUACGCCUCAGGAGUGUCCUAACAGAUUUUUUCCGAGGUCCGUCCGUUUCAGCUGUGCGUCUCGCCGGUCUGGAUCACGUUCUCCACUUCACCGCUCUCGAGGGGAGAGUUUACUUGCGCAGCUAUAGGGUGCUGUUGAAGAAGUCGGGCUGUCGGACGCCGAGGAUCGAGUUGGAGGAGAUUGGUCCAUCCAUAGACCUGGUGGUGAGGAGGACUCACCUGGCUUCAGAUGACCUGUACAGGACAGCACUCAGACAACCUAAAGGAGUCAAGCCCAAGAAGAAGAAGAACGUCUCCCACGACGCCUUCGGUACCAAAUACGGCCGCCUGCACAUGCAGAAACAGGACCUCAGCAAACUGCAGACGAGGAAGAUGAAGGGACUGAGGAAGAGGAAAGGAGACGUCGCCGCGGAGACCGGAGAGACGACAUCACCCAAGAAAUCCAAAGCUCAAGAAUAAAGGCGUUUCUAUGACGAUAAAGGACAUUAACUUUUGUUUGUUUGUUUUUUUUAAAUAAAAGCUUCUCUGAUGUGUAGAGUCGAAGCUGACUCCACACAUCACCUCUGGAGCACAUCUGUACGACAUGUUGGACACGUUUUGCAGUGAUUGGUGGUGUUUAUUGGGUUCUGGUGAUCCGCACCUCGCUCUUUGACGGCAGCAAUUAAACCGAUGAGUUUAAUGUC